UGCGCGCUCGACACGCUUUCCUAUCCCACGCAGGCAGACAGGCAGACAGGCACCUGUCCCGUCCUCUUUUCUCUCCUUUGAAUUAGCAUGGCUCGUCUUAUUGAUUGAUUGAUUGAUCAUGCCUGGCGAGCCACUCAACUAAAUCCAAAGACUUGAAGUAUCAAUGAGCUUCUCCCUCCACAUGCCGGCUUCAUGUCACUAUGUUUGGGUACAAGCAUGGCAGAACCACCCAGUCGGACGCCCACAUCGCAUCCAUGGUUGAACAUUGCGGAAAAACACCCAUCAGGACGUUUUUGGACAACAGGCACACACACACGCAUGUAAAUGUGUGUACAAAGUGGUCCAGAAUAAACCUGUGGAGCUUAUCUAAAGUCCAAGUGGUGGUCUUCCUGCUUGGUCUGACUCUGACCUUCCUCAUCAUGACUUCCUACGUCCUGACGUGGGACAAGAAAGGACUCCUGCUGACGCCCCCGCCCCAUCACCUCAAAGCUGCCGAUGUCCCGACCAAUGCCACAUCAGCAGCAGCUUUGGCAUCGAGCAUCUCCUUGAAAAGGACAGCCAUAGACAUGAAGCAGCUGGCGAGGGUGAUCCGCUCCAAACUGGAAUACCCACCGAGGAGGGUUCCUGACGAGAAGGACAUCAUUGGGACGGACUCCCAUUUAUUCUCUGCGAUCCCUCGCCACUUCCUGCCAGGAGUGAAAAGCCCUUGCUGGUACGAGGACUUGUCUGUUGAAAAAACCCGAGAUCCGUACAGGGGGAACCUAUACGCUCUGCGUUCCAAGACCUUCAAGAGAGUGUGUGACCGCCUGGCGUCCGCCUUCCAGUUGCAACCGCGCCGGCGCGACGACGGCGGGCUCUCGCGCCUGCGCUGCCUGCCUUACUUCUACGUCAUCGGGCAGCCCAAGUGCGGCACCACCGACUUGUUCCACAGGCUGCUGCUGCAUCCCGACGUCAAGUUCAACAUCAUGAAGGAGCCGCACUGGUGGACCAGGAAACGUUUUGGUUACAUCCGCUUCAAAGACGGCUUCCAGGAAAGUUUCCCCAUGGAAGAUUACCUGGACCUGUUUGACUUGGCGGCGUACAACAUCCAAGGAUCAAGCAGUGGAAAUUCCCCCGGAGACCGCCGCCGCCUCGCGCAUCUCAUUACAGGUGAAGCCAGCGCAUCCACGAUGUGGGACAACCAAGCGUGGAGCUAUCUCCAUGGCGACAGGGAGGAGACAGAGCCACCGUUCCUGGCUCAGGACUUCAUCCACACCGUGCAGCCCGACGCCAAAAUCAUCAUCGUGUUACGAGACCCUGCGGAAAGGUUGUACUCGGACUACUUGUACUUCAAGGUGGCAAACAAGUCGUCAGAAGACUUCCAUCAGAAGGUGUUGGAGUCUGUGCAGCUCUUCCAAUCCUGCCUGUCGGAGAGGUCGCUUCGAUCCUGCGUGUACAGCACCAGCCUCUCCAACUCCAUGCCGGUCAGGCUGAAUCUGGGCAUGUAUAUCGUCUUCCUGCUGGACUGGCUCACGGUGUUCCACAGGGAGCAGAUUCUGAUUCUACGGCUAGAGGACUAUGCGGCAAACCUUCAAGGGACCUUAAAGAAGGUGUUCGAUUUUCUGAAUUUGGGUCCUUUUCCCAAGCAGGUGGAGGUGGCGCUGACCGAGCGGCCGUUGUCCAAUACCCGGCGUGCGGCCGACAGGAGCCUGGGCCCCAUGCUGCCGUCCACUUGGGCCCUCCUGUGGGAAUUCCACCAACCGUUCAACCGUAAGCUGGCCAGGGUGCUGGACAACCCGGACUUCCUGUGGAGUAACACAUGACUUCCUACUCUUUGAAAAAGACACUUUGGGUGAAUGUGUGUGUUUUCAUUAUGUUAUUUAUUUAUUUUGUGUAUUACCAUGCUUGAAACAAUUUUACAAAUAUUAAUUUGACGAACAAUACAAUUUGACUAUGGUGAGGCGCUGACGUUUAACAGUGGAAGUUCCAAAGUUGAAUGUGGAAAUUCUUUUUGAGCAUUUAUUCGAUAUCCUUGAUUUCUAGCUCUAGGUCCAUGUGCAUUUCCCCCCUUUGUCCGCACUAGUGAGACAAUUCAACGCACUAGUAGAAUAACUCUUACUAGUAAUUUUUUUUCCUCUACUAGUGCCACUUUUGGCCUAUGAGUACGAACUUGAGAUGAAUAUCAAGGAUUUUUUUUCCUCAUAGGAAUCGAUAUGCGGAAUUGUCAGGCAGGCAAACAAAAAUGUUCUAGGAAUCGAUUUAUUGCUAUUUACAAGGGGCUUAACGAUUCGUUUUAGCACCGAUUUGAUUCGUAUCACGAUUCAUGGUUGCCGAUUUGAUUCAAAGACGAUAUUGAUUCGUUUAGAACGAUACAAUCUGAAACGUUUCAGUGGCUGGAAAUCGAUUCAGUAACUUUUUUGUCAAAAAUUCAUCCAGUGUGACUGUGAAAUAAAUACCUGCAUACUGGACAUUGCAGGUGAAAUUUCUUAGACUCUUGAUAUUUCUUAUAAGGGAAUCUGGUAAAACCUAAUUAUGGUAAUUAAAUAUGAAGAUUUUCCUGA